CGCCCCUGCAGAUUCAGCGCAGCAUUAAGCUGCGCGCGCGUACGCAUUGAUCGUCAGCUACGGUCAGAAGUUCGGCAGUACACCAAUCUUUGCCCGUGCUCAGCCAGAGCCGCUAACUCUGCGAAUCCGCGACGUAUUUUGAAUUUUACAGCUGAGCUUGUUUUGCAGCAGCAAAAAGCGCCGCGCUCACGCCAUCGCUGCAAUGGUUGCCACCCGCAGCGCGCGGCGCGCAACUGCUAGCCAAAAGAGCCAAAUCUCGCGCGCCAAAGUCGUCCUCGCAGUCCUGGCCGCCGUCGCGUUUCAACUUUUGCUCACGUCGCUGGACCUGCCCCUACUUAAAGUAGGCCGCAACCUCUUUUCCUCAAGCACGCCGGCCCCGCUGCCGCCGAAGUACGCCUGCGACGAUUUAGCAGAAAAACUAACAGUAGUAGUGACCGUCAAGGACGCGUGUAGCCAGAUGCCGGGCUUCGUGAAAGCAUUGGAGCCCGUCGUCGGUACUAGUACAUCAUUAAUACUGACUUAUCCAAACCUGACGGCCUGCGAUCCUUCUGGUUUGCAGGUGGAUUUGGCGCCGUGGCGCGACGUCACGACGGUACCCUUACCGCCUUCGUCAUCACCGAUGCGCGGCUGGUCCGAUUCGGUCGGUCUCAUCAAGACGGAGUUCGCGUUGCUUUUGCGUCGCUUGUCGGCGUCCGAUUUCUGCGUCGCGGCGAUGGCGUGGGGGGGCACGAACUCGUCACCGCGUCGCGGCGAGAGCGCCUCUGACGCCAUCGACGCGUUCCCGCAAUAAUAGUACUCCCGCGCAGACAACGACGGCUACGCCCUCGACCCGCACUUCGCUUGUGAACUCGUGGGAGCGCUCCAAGCGCGAGAUUCUACGUACGUCGUCGCCGCGCCGAUGCUCUACGAAUCUAAAUCAGACGGCUCCCUAGCAGCACACGCCACGCAAACGAAACUCAGGUGGCAGGACGGGUACGUGCGGCACGACCAUUCUAUUGCGAGAGCACUAAACAGAGGACGAGACUUCCCGGAAGGCGAUCAAACUGAUUUCCUGGAAGACCACGGCUUUGUGGUGCGAACGGCCGCGAUCGGCGAUCUGGUCGAUCCCCACGCUGCUUAUACCUUGGAGUACCUGGACAUGAUCCUAUCGCUGAAAGCUCAAAAUAGAAGGGUCGUCUUCGUGCCGACGGCGCGCCUCGAGUUCAGAAUAGCCGAGUUCUCGUGGCGCGACGUGCCCUACUUCAUGUAUAAAAGAUCGGAGGCGACUUGUCAUGGUACUAGAGACUACUUAUCCCGAAAAUGGCGCGCGCAGUUCCCGAACACGGGCUUCUGGACCUACAUCAAGUAUACGAUCGUCGAGAGCCAUACCUAUUCUCACUUAGAAAAGUUACCUAUGAAGUACCAGCUGCAGUUAUUUUUAGCUUUCUUCCAGAUGGCCGGCUACAAUAGGUAUGAUGAUAGAGCCUAUGUCGAGGUAUUGGAGGCCAUCGACGGAGGGACGCUCACUACACUGGAGGUGAACGCGACGCGUCUCACGGCGAGGAACGCCGUAUUAGACACGGUGCGGAAGAACGCGACGGCCUCCGACCUGUUACCUCAGGUAGGAAAGAGCUGGCUGCCGGCGCUCGAGGCCGAUCUACCUUUGGAGUACAUGCCCUUCGCCACGAUGGUGUUCGCGUCGCCGUUCACGUGCGACGUCGUCCUGGGCGACGGGCCGGGCCAGUUCCCGCGGGAUUUGUGCGGCGUCGCGGUCGAGAAAGGUUCAGGCGAGCACUGCCACGACGGCGACUGCCACUCGCACCACGAGCACGGCGAGGCACACGCGCACGACCAUGGCGCGAGUGAGGCCCAUGCGCACGACCACGGCCACGGCCACGGCCACGGCGGCCACGGCGGCUGCGAGUGCUACGUCAACCUGCCGACCUUCAAGUCGCGCAACUGGGUGGGAGAUGUGCUCGCGAAAAUGGCGUCUCUACUGAAGGUGCCGAGCCGCGUCACGACGUAUUUAGAGCUGUUCCUCGGGUCGGACCACGCCGCCGCGGCACACGUCGCGCCCCUCAUCGCCGGCGUCGAGCCCGUCGUCCGACAGUGGGCGCUCGAGGAGCGAGACGUCUUCACCGAUAUUCGUUUAUAUACGUGUGGCGGGGCCGCGACGGCGACGAGUCCUAUUCUAGAACCCUGCCCCGCGGUGCCCGUCGCCUUCGGAGUUGGUGAUAGGGUCGUCCACUUCAGCGGGCGGCCGGCGGCGCCGGGCGAGGUGGUGGAGGCGCUGGCGGCGCUCUAAGUAUGUGUUUAUACAUCA